UGAGCGCAAGACACGAGUCUCUGUAUCGGUCUGAGUAGGUACGUAACGCAGUCGUGAACUGUUUUUUAAUGGUUCGGAAGCGGAAAAAAGAAAAAUGAUAAUAAUAUCACCUGGUCCAUUACUCCAUGUUCGUCUUAUUCCCAUACUAAUACCAAAUAAAAUAGUAAUCUUUUUCUUAUCUAGGCUGAAACAUUGUCUUUUAGCCUCAGGCAAGAUCAUCACAUUCUCACAUGGUUCAACAUUAUCAAGAAACACAAAACCUAAUUAAAAAUAUUUAAAUAUCCUUCAUUACAUUGUAGAAAUCAAGAAUCAACUUUUCUUUCUCCUCUUUCUAUCUCUUUAAAAGAAACCAAACAUUUUAAUACUACAAGACCAGAAAGUUUUGGUUCUUUUUCUAACAUGGCCGUUGAUUCAACUGAUCAACGGCGAGAGUUUGUUGUAAAGAUCGACGGUGAAGACAAUGGUGAUCCCGAAAAGUUUUGGAGAGAGUCAAGCAUUAACUUCUGGCAUGAUGAUGAUAAGAAGAACAGUAAACCACCAGAAGGAGGUCAAGAAGACGACGGAAGCUUUGAUUUCAGAAGGCGGAGUAGUGACAAACCUCCAGAGGAGCCAGAUCCACCGUCGAAGCUCAUCAAUCAAUUCCUCAACAAGCAAAAAGCUUCCGGCGAUGAAAUCUCACUAGACAUGGAAGCUAACAUGCCUGAGCUUCAGAGCAACACGAUUUCUCCGGCACGUGUACCGACAGUUUCCGGUUCUGCGUCACCGGUAACGGCGACGGCGAAUAAUGGAACCGUUGAUGCGAUUAGACGGAGGCAGAACAGGGUCACGCUUUCUCCGUCUGUUAAAGAUAGUGAUAGUAGCGACGAAGAUGAAAACAGAGUAGAUGAAUCAGAGGUUGUCAAGUGUAGCUCCAACAGAUCGACGAUGAGGACCAAGACUUUGAUGAAGACGAAGACGAGAUCUAGAUUGAUGGAUCCUCCGACUCCGACGUAUCCGGAGAUGGUUUCUGGUCGGACUCCAAAGUCCGCGAAUUUAAAACCCGGUUUUAGUGGGAGAAACACUAAANGGGAAGGUUUUAGGAAGGAGAAGGUUUGUGUUUGGGUUAUCAUGGAGUGGAUUUUUCUGAUACUGAUCAUUGCUGGUUUGAUUUGUAGCCUAGUGAUACCUUACUUGCGUGGCAAGACACUUUGGGACCUUGCUCUAUGGAAAUGGGACGUGAUGAUUCUUGUGUUGAUAUGUGGGAGAUUGGUUUCGAGUUGGUUUGUGAAGCUAUUCGUCUACUUCGUUGAGAGCAAUUUCCUUUGGAGGAAAAAGGUUUUGUAUUUCGUUUACGGGAUUCGAAAGCCGGUACAGAACUGUCUCUGGCUAGGGCUUGUGUUGAUCGCGUGGCAUUUCUUGUUCGACAAGAAAGUCGAAAGAGAGAUGCGAAGCACAGUGCUCAAGUAUGUGACUAAAGUAUUAAUCUGUUUACUCGUUGGUGUUAUUUUCUGGCUCAUAAAGACUUUACUGGUUAAAGUUCUUGCUUCUUCUUUCCAUAUGAGUACUUACUUCGAUCGGAUUCAAGAAUCCUUGUUUACUCAAUAUGUGAUUGAGACCCUCUCGGGACCUCCUCGAGUUGAGAUUCAUAUAGAAGAGGAGAAAGUAGCAAACGAUGUUAAGACCUUGGAGAUAGUUGGACGUAAGCUAUCCCCUCUAGGUCCAAAGGCGGUUUCUUCUUCACCACAUGUGACCAUUGGAAGCGGAAGGAUGCAGAAGAGUCCGAGCAGAGUAGGGAAAAGUCCGGUGCUAUCACGGUCUGGUUCUAAAAAAGAAGGAGAAGACGAAGGGAUAAGGAUCGAUCAUUUGCAGAGAAUGAACACUAAAAAUGUAUCGGCUUGGAAAAUGAAGAGACUGAUGAAUGUUAUAAGAAAGGGAACUCUUUCUACUUUGGAUGAACAGAUACAAGACACAACGACUCACGAAGAUGAUAAAGCCACACAGAUCAGAAGUGAGUUCGAAGCAAAACUUGCAGCGAGGAAGAUUUUUCAGAAUGUUGCGGAACCUGGAUCCAGGUACAUAUAUAUAGAAGACUUUAUGCGUUUUCUGUCUGAAGAUGAGUCUGAAAGAGCCAUGAGUCUCUUUGAAGGAGCUUCUGAAAGUCACAAAAUCAGCAAAUCUUGUCUGAAGAAUUGGGUGGUUAAUGCCUUUAGAGAACGAAGAGCACUAGCUUUAACUUUAAACGAUACAAAAACAGCAGUGAACAGGCUUCAUCGAAUCAUAGAUGUUCUGGUCGGCAUUGUGAUUUUAAUCAUCUGGCUUCUCAUUCUCGGAAUCGCUACAACCAAGUUCUUGCUUGUCAUAAGCUCUCAGCUUCUUCUUGUAGUCUUUGUGUUUGGAAAUUCAUGUAAAACCAUCUUUGAAGCGGUCAUCUUCGUCUUCGUUAUGCAUCCGUUUGAUGUCGGUGACAGGUGUGAAAUAGACGGUGUCCAGUUGAUUGUGGAAGAGAUGAACAUUUUGACUACUGUCUUUCUUCGAUUUGAUAAUCAGAAGAUUGUAUAUCCAAACAGUCUUCUCGGCACAAAACCUAUCGCUAACUAUUACCGCAGUCCCGAUAUGCAAGAUGCCAUUGAGUUCUUUGUCCAUAUAGCAACUCCACCUGAAAAGACAACCGCCCUAAAACAGAGGAUACUCAGCUAUGUGGAUAACAAGAAGGAUCAUUGGUAUCCAUCGCCGAUGAUUGUGUUCAGAGAUAUGUGUGGAUUGAACACUAUAAAGAUCGCAAUGUGGCCAACACAUAAGAUGAAUCAUCAAGAUAUGGGAGAGAGAUAUGUGAGGAGGGGUCAAUUACUUGAAGAGAUUGGUAGAUUAUGCAGAGAAUUGGAUAUCGAAUACCGGUUAUAUCCUAUUAACAUCAACGUCAAAAGUCUUCCUGCUGCUACUCCCAUCACUUCUGAUCGCAUGCCUCCGAGCUGGAAUCAACAACAACGCGGUGUUUGAAGUUUUGGUGUUUGUAUUUGCAUUUCUUUCUCUUUUAUUGUUUUUUAAGGACUUGAGAGAGGAUUAUUCAUUUACAUUGUGAAAGAGGAUACCUUUUUUUUUUGUUGUUGUUGUGUAUAUCUGUGUUUUGAUUUGUUAUAACAGUCACCACGGAAUAAAAGCUUAGGCAUUUGAAUUUUUAGUUC